UUGAAAUCGUUUUUGUAAACAUACUUUUUUAUUUUUUUUUUGGUGAUAACAUUUUAUUUUAAAUAAAUUGUUUAUGUUUAACAAUUGGUUGACACAACAAAAUGCUGAAUUCUGAAUGACAUGAAAUUUAACCCACGAAUGUUAAUUGUUAAGAUAAAUAUAAAUUCUCUCUUAAACUUUGUUAUUAAUUUUGUGUGUACCUAUAUUAAAAAAUGAUGGUUUAUUAGGAAAGUGAUAUUGAUAUACCAAUUGAAUAUUCAAGUGAUCAAAAACAAUUUAAAGUAGGUAAAAAAAAAAAAUCUUGUUCAUUUUGAAAAUACAACAACAGACAAUUAUUCAUCAAUUACCAAUUGCUAAUAAACAUAACCAUCAAACAGAUAAUAGAAAAUUCCUAUAUAAAGUUAGGCAUCGUCAAAGUAAAAUGGGACGUCUUCGUUCAGUAAUUGAUCAAGGUUCAACACCAGAACCAGCACCAAUUCGUAGAUCACUCAGGCUAUCAAGCAAAACACGUAGAGAUGGUAUUGCUAAAUGCAUGAAGCUAAAUACACAAAAUAAAGCAAAUAUUGAAAAUGCAAUACUAUUAGAAUCAAGUCCACUACGUCCUCGUUCAGUUAUUGCUCAAGGUUCAACACCAGCACCAAUUGACCAUGUUGUUAAUAAUGAUAAGACUAAACGUUUAAGAAGUCGUGAAGAAGUUAGAAUAUUAGAGGAAAUACGUUUUAAUGCGUCACAAUGUAAAAAAGAUCUUACUGAACGCAUAAAGCUACUAAAUAAACAAAAAAUACAACAUGAAAAAAAUAUUAAUAUUGCAACACAGAUGAUAAUGAAGCGUGUUAAUGAUGAUUGUCUGGCUGAAAUAUUCAUGUAUGUGCCAGCAUGUGAGAGACUAAAAAUUGCACUGGUAUGCAAAAAAUGGAAAAGAGCCCUUGAUUAUUCUUGGUUUAAUGUCAAAAAACUUGAAUUAACUUACUGGCGAUAUCAUGAAUUUCCAUGUUGUUUAAAAAAAUAUCAAACGGUUGAUGGAAAAUUAAAUUUUUUAAAGUCACUGCUUGAUAAAUGUGGUCGUUAUUUAAAAACAUUAGACUUGACAGCUUAUGAUCGUUGUAACAUUGUGCCAAUUAUCAAUGAUUAUUGUCCAAACCUCGAGAAACUUCGAUUGAGAUUCAUUGAUAUUGACGAUUCAAUGUUAUCCAAUGCAUUUACAAGUCUAUCUAAACUAAAAUCUUUGACAAUUAUAUUUCAAGGUAUGUGGUAUAAAAAUGAUAUACCUGUGACUUUAAUAAAUUCAUUGAAAAACGUUGCUGGUACAUUGACUGAACUGUAUUUGUUGCAUUUUGUCAAUCACUUGGAUGGAAGCUGUGGUUAUCCAAAAAAUCUUCGUUAUGUGAUUUCUCGACUAAAAGCCCUGAAACGUUUUGAAGUUGCUGGUAUACGAGGUUUAAAAAAUUCAUUCAAGUAUUUAAAAAAUAAUGAAAUGUCAUUUUAUUUCAACCAUAAUGAAUAUCUUAAAAAACCUCCUUAUCUGGGACUAUCGUUUAUGAAUAUCUGGUCAUUAAAUUUAUCAAGUUGCUUCAUUAAAGAUGAUACUUUGUAUACUAUUGCCAAUACCAUCAAACUAUUAAAAACGUUAACUAUUAAUUGUACUCAGAUAACCGAUGACGGUGUAGUAGCACUUUCAAUGAUGAAUUAUUUACAAACUCUUUAUUUAAACGGUCAUAAUAACGUCAUUGAUUCUUCAAUAAAAUUGCUCAAAAAUAUAGUAGUAUUAUCUUUGCCACACAGCAAUAAAAUCACUGAUGUUUCAGUCACGAAACUUCUUGAAAAUUUACCAAAAAUUGAGCAACUUAUUCUUCACUUAGCAACAAGUUUGACUGCUAAUUUUGUCAAAAAAGCAGCAGAAAUAUCAAGCAAACGAAAACAACAUUUGGUGAUCGCCAUUCAUUCAUUAAUACCUGAUGUAAAACAAUAUGAAUCACCGUAUUUGAAAAUAUAUAUUAUUAAAAAUGAAGAAUAAUAAAAAAAAUAGUAUAUUUUGAUACACAUGCCCACGUUGAUAAUGUCCAAUUCUUAUCAAUUAAAAUAUAAAAAAAUCUGUUUUCAAACAUAAUACAUCAUCAUCAUCAUCAUUAUUUUUCGUAUUUUUUUUUAUUCUCUUUUUUAGAAUCAACAAGUUCAAUUGAUCCUUUUAUUUCUUCUUCUUGAAGACGUUUUAAUCCAUAUUCAGAUGGAUAUUUAUAUAUUAACUGAAUGUACAAAUCCACCAGCUUGAAGAAACGAAUUGAAUAAUACCAUUAAAUCAACUGCUUUAAUUUGUUCCCAAUCCAUAUUACAAGCAGCUAAUUUUGAUAUUAUUGUUUCAGUUGUUUCAGCUUCUUUAUCCAAUUUACAUCCUAUUUGUGUUUAAUCUCUUCAUCAUCAACAUGUGUGACCUUGACGUCAUCGUCAUCUGAUAAAUCAUCAGAUGAACUGUCACUAUAAAUAAUUGUUUUUCACCUCGAGCAUAAUCAGAAGCAAGAUCUGUUGUUCAUUUUCAAUUAAAUCUUUUUUAUCAAUAGCAUUUAAUUCAUCAGACUCAUUUUCAUCUUCAUCUUUAUCAUCUGUAUCUUCAUCAUCAUCAUUAGAUUCAUUAGAUUCAUUUUUAGAGUAAUGAUUAAAUUAGAGUAAUGAUAAAAUUUUUUUAAUUCCCUCUAAUAAAAUUGGAUUAUUAACUGCUCCUCGUUCAUCAAUUGUUGAAAUAAUUUGAAAUUUUUUAAUUAGUAAAUAAUACUACUGUAUAUUAAAAAUCCUCAGCCAAUCCCAAUAAAGAAUUAAAAAAAAAAAAAAAAA